AUGAGUUAUACAACAGCUACUGAACAUAACAUUAAUAGUAGUAUCAGUGAUAGUGGGGGUACACCACCAACACCACCACCACCACCACUAUCACCCAUAGGAGGUAUGGGAUCCUCAUCAUCGGCACCAGUGUUGGUCGCCCGAGUAGAUAGAGUACCGGCACUGACAGCCGGUAUAUCCAUUAAAAUCAAUUCAGCCAAACCCAGACAUAUCGAUACCGUUGAGACAGUAUUGUUGAACAUAACGUUUCAGGAGUCGUCGACAGCCAUCAAAAUCAAGUGGCGUUUUGUUGUCCAUACAAAACAAUCCCAUAGAUGGAAAAGACAACUACUGUCCUCGUCCUCAUCAUCAUCAGCAUCGGCAGCCUAUGUUGAACGAGAGCACCGGCCCCUGGAAUGGGUGGUUAAACUCAGGCAGUUUGCAACAUUCAAUGUCAAUAUCUAUACGAUCAAAGAUGACGCCAAUUCAAUGGAUUCGCUAGCCGUACACAACCAAACCUAUAGCUAUACUAUACGGGGAUUACAGCCCCAGACUGCCUACGAACUGUGUCUACAGUCCAGCCAUCAUAUGAUUGAUGAAAUCUCAUCGAUGGUCAACUCGUACAGUCGUGGCGGCGGUCUGUGCAAAGAGUUUGUUACCGUCGCGGCCGCCGUCGAUGCUGUCCAGGAUAAUAGCAAUCAACGAUUGGCCGAUAUAACCGUUGCGUCGGCCAUAUCGACAGCGUCGACCACUUUUAUGAUAGUCGUAGUGUUUUGUUGUUGUUGUCGUACAUCCAAGAAAAAUAGACACAAAGUAACCGAUGGUGACAACGAUGACCACCGAAACAGACAGAUAGUCAAGUAUGAGCCCAUGUGCUGUACAUGUAUGACAUCGUCGGCCAAUAAUUCGGGUAAUACAAGCGAUUCAAGUGAACUAACGAUGACCAGCGAUGGCGGUGGUGUCGAUGGUGUCAUCAAACCAGCGAAAAAACUACAAAACAAUAGUACAGGCAAUCGGGUUGUCUAUAAUCCGGUCAUUGAAGUAAUCGACAGCAACAACAACGACAACGACAGUCCCGACGGCGAUGACAACACCGACAACAACCAUAAGUUGCGGGUCUUUACGAAAAAUGUCAGAGUUUUCAAAAAGACUUCAACUUUUAAUACUAAUAAUACUAAUAAUAAUAGACAGCUAUUAGUGAUUAAAACUGAUGGUACGGGUGGUACGGGUCGUCGUCAACCCAGAAACAACAUCAGCACUACAUCCAUGUUUAUCAAACGCUACGGUAAACCACGUAGUUGGCCAAUGUUACCGACCGAUCAGUCAGAGUAUAGCCGACAGCUGCCCAGCCAUCAGCCGAAUGGUAUAACUAUUGCCAAUAUUGUGGAUCAGUCGUCGUCAUCGACAGCGACAACAAUAGGAGGAAAACUAACAACCGAUACAUCAUUAUUGGUGAAUAGGUUAUGGUUUCAGGCGAUGAUGCCAUCAAACAGUAGUAGUAAUGAUAAUAAUAAUAAUAAUAAUAUCGACAAUAAUAAUCGUGACAUCAAUUCAAACCAAAUUGAAUAUUGA